AUGGUAAAAAGUGAAAGUAAUCGUUCGGAAGCAUCAGAUAAAUUGGUAAAUUAUCAAAUUGUUUAUGACGGUCAGGUUAUCUCUGUCCUCCUAACAGAAGAAGAUGGAGAAAAAAUUGUGAAUGGGGAUCCAGAUAUGUUACAAGCUGUUAUAAAUUCAAAAGAAAUUGAGAAACAUGAUCAUGAUAAGUUCAUUGGUGAAUUCACUAGCUACAUUCAUCAUCCUAUGUAUUACAUGAUAAACCAUCCUGCAGUAGUAGUAGUAGCACAUCGAUUAACACUGCAUCAACAUCAAAAACUGAGCACUCAAAUGAAACCACUUAAGAAAGUGAUUGGACGCCUAAAAACACCCGUUAUCUAA